CAAUGUUCCGAUGUACGGCGCUUCUUUUCUAGUCGGGUGGAUGGAGAUAUCUGGCAUAAUGUGACGCAGACAGAUACAAAGGGUUCGAAUGACUCGCGGCUGCAGUUGGGCCCACAGUGUAGGUGCUGCGUGGUGAGGUUUUGCUGCUGCUGCUGCUGCAUUGUGGGUAGUCGUGCACCAAGAUGACCUCAUCCUCGCCUUGCUGUGUCAAUGGGGCUGUCCACACGGAUGUCGUCAUUGUUGGAAAUGGCCCGUCAGCCAUCAGUCUGUCCUUCAUGCUCUCGGGGAACCGGCCUUUCUUCAACGGUGCAAUACAUCCAAAUGACAUUCUUACCAGAAAGCUUCAGAAAGCUAAGGACAUCUCCAUUGUAGAUCAGGACCUGGAGUUUCUGUCUGAGGGUCUCGAGGGCAGAUCCCCUAACCCAGUGGCCUUACUCUUUGAUGCCCUGUCUCACCCAGAAGCAGAUCUAGGGGCAGAUAACUCCACUGUCUUGGACUGGAAGCAUGAAGAACAGUAUGAAAUACCCCAUGCAGUUCUCGGCAAGACCCGUCCAGGGGGAUCAUGGCAGCGAAUGGAUGGCAGCAUGCAAACAGUGAGCCAGAACAACUGGAUGGAGUUACCCACAGUUCCCUUCCGAGAGUGGCUGGCCAAUCGCAAGAGUUCAUCUAUACAUACGGGUAAUCACUCAGGGAGAGCCACGGUCGGAGACGUGAAAGAUUAUUACUGGUUCGUGAAGGAAAAGAAUCUGCAACGCCAUUUCUAUGACUAUCACACUGUAACAUCUGUUCAGAAGGUGUUCCAGGUUCGAGCCUGUGCCGACAGUGAGAGUGGGGAGGUGGAACCGUGUUGUAAGAACGUCAAGAAGAAUCAUGGUUACUUGUGGGAGGUUCGAGGCUACAGACUAAUUGCUGAAGACUGUGACUUCGACAAUGGCAACACGAUCAGGGAGGAGUUUUGCUUUGUGUCUCAUUACGUGAUACUGGCCACUGGGACAUACGACAUUCCAAACCGUCUUGCAAUUACAGGGGAGACCUUGCCCCAUGUGGUCCAUUCCCUACCAGACUUCGAGAAGAUCAUGAAAUCAGGGGAACUGACUGGAUCGUGUGACCCUGUGUUGGUGAUUGGUGCCGGUUUAAGUGCAGCGGACACUAUUCUCAUGGCAACUGAGUACAAUAUCCCGGUGAUUCAUGUGUUCCGUCGUGGACCGAAUGAUCCGUCUCUGAUCUUCAGGAAACUGCCGGUGCCCAUGUAUCCUGAGUAUCACCGUGUGCACUCCAUGAUGCGUGGCAAAACAGAGACUGAGUUAUACAAACCAUAUUCCAAACACAAGGUUGUGGAAAUUAAGUAUGACAAGAAAGUUCUGAUACAGUCAGUACAGGGUGACACGAUUUCCUCGUUUGAUACCUCGAUUGUUGUUGUAAUGAUUGGGUCGAGGUCAGACCUGUCAUUCUUGCCAAACGGAGGGCGCAAUUUGGGGGUGGUUCAAAACUGGCAAAUUGACAGUAAACACAACCCAUUUCAGAUUAACCCCUUCACAUACGAAUCCGUCUAUGAACCAGGGCUUUUUGCCCUCGGACCUCUGGUCAGUGACAACUUUGUCCGUUUUGGCAUCGGAGGAGCUCUGGGCAUUGUUAACUACUUACGGAAGUGGCGAAAAGCAGAAAGUGUGUAACUGACGAAUGGUUGUUAUAUUUUUACAGGCUGGACAGACUGGAUAGUGUUGUUGCAUUGUGUCACUUAUUUUCUUAAAUAUUUUGUUUGUCCAUGAUUAAUCGUUAAUCUUUGUUUAUUAAUUUGUGCGAUGAAAAUGGCAUGGAUAAUUCAGGGCAUUUUGAAAAUGGUUUCUGUAACCAUGGUAACACACUAUUUAUUAAUCUCCUGCUGGAAUAUGAGAAUUUCAUAUUUCAUUGAGUUUCUGUCAUUUGUUGGAUGUAUUUCUAAAGAUUGUCACUGUCAAAAACUACUUGGUGUUUAUAAGAUACUAAUCAGGUCCAGAGAUCCAGAUUUGAGAAAUGUGUUUCUGAUAAAUUCGUCAAUUCCCUGAACAUUAUUCAAUUUUAAUGUCUCCAAAACAUAUGUAUUGAUUUUAUGAAACACAAAAUAGUGGUUUAAAAAUUAAUUAUAGUCACAGCUUUGGGCAAAUUGGAAGUCUUAUGAGUCAGAAUGUUUGGCAGUGUAACAAAAUGUAUCUGGCUUAUAUUGUUCAGGUUCAUUGUUUGGUUGUAGGGCUCAGUGGAUUAUUGGGGCAAUCUGGAGAGCAGCUGCUUCACAAUUCAGAAUUAAUAAACUUAUUGAAGGUAUUGGAUUUGUAUUUAAUGUAGGUCAUGUCAUAUACACUUGUAUAAUAGCAUACAUGUUUGACACUAAAAUAUGACUAAUACCGGGUGUUAUUUUCUGUCAGUGAAAGUACUGGCAGGAAACAUGAAGGUAAUAGUUUGUAUUCAUUUAUAAUAUUUCCCAAGAUACUGCUGCUAAUAUGACGACACAUUGGCCAAACCAUAAUCAUCAAUUUGCUCUUCGUAAGAAUAAAAUAUAGUUUUUA